AUGUUUCCGGAAACGAUCGCACCGUCAGCGACCGGGCAAAUUGCCCUUAUUCCAGAGCUUGUUCCAUCAGACACUCUGCGAGUAUUCCUAGUUCAAUACCCGGGCGUGCAAUUUCUUCGCCUCCAAUGGCAGGAUCAUUCAGGCCUCCUGAGGGCCCGCAUAGUGCCCAUUGAGCAUGGACUAACCAUCGCCGCCGGAGAGAGAGUCAUUCAUGUACCGCCUAUUGCGUUCCACUGUAUCGUGGAUAACAACUUGCUGCCCGAGCUCGACCCAACAGGCAACGACUGGCUGGUGCCUGAUUGGAGCUCCCUGCAAACGCGACCGACGUUGGAUCCUCUGUAUGCCAAUGUGAUGUGCAAAGUUGUCGAGUAUACCCCAGCGCGGCCCGGGCCAAACUGGAACCUCUGUCCCCGCCGUGCUCUGGAGAUAGUGGGUAAAAAAGCUGAGGAAAUGUUUGGAGUGUAUUUUCUUGUUGGGUUUGAAGUAGAAUUUGAGGUCAUGAAGGCCUCUGCAGAGGGGAUCCUGAUUCCUUAUAGUUCUGGAUUUGGACGAUUCUCUGUCUGUGGCCUCCGUGAUCCAUGUUAUGAGCAUGUUGAAGAGGCGGUUCGGGCGCUGCUGGCGGCAGGCGUCAAGAUUGAUGCCUUUCAGACGGAGGGGCGGCGCGGACAAUACGAAUUGACCCUCGGAUGCCUCCCUCCGCUUGCCGCUGUCGAUCAGCUGAUACUCGUUCACGAUACACUCAAGCGUAUCUUCAGCCGCCAUGGCUUGACAGUAACUAUGUCGCCUCGACCAGUAGAGUCACGUCGGCAAUCGACAGGGCAGCAUACUCAUAUCUCCAUCAACCCGCCCCAUAUGCAAAAUCACUUCCUCGCCGGCAUGCUACAGCGCCUUCCGCAACUGUGCGCCUUCUGCCUACCUUACGAGAUAUCUUAUGAGCGUGUCCAGCCAUAUCUUGGUGGUCAUUUGGUUGGCUGGGGCACCGAGAACCGUGUAGUGCCGAUUCGAAAGAUCAAGGACGGGCACUGGGAGGUCCGCUGCAUCGACGCAACGGCCAACAUGUACUUGGCCUUGGCAGUAAUCUUGAGCGCCGGAUUGCUCGGCUGUACCAACAAGGAGCCUCUGUUAUGGCCGGAUACGGGCAUCAUGACAGACCCGUGGCCCCAGGAUGCAAAAUUUCUCCCCAAGAGUAUAGGAGAGGCGCUCGAUCUCCUGGAAGAAAAUUACAAAGAUCUUGAGACUAUGGUGGGAAGCAGUAUCAUUCAACACUAUCUACGUGUAAAGAGAACGGAGGCUGCAAAACUGCGCGAAACAAAUGUGGAGGAAACGCGCCAAUUGAUGUGCGAGCUGUUUUAG